ACUGGCAGGCUGCUCUCGCUGCGGUCCCUUAUGUCCCGCCCAGCAAGGAGGAGGGAGCCUCGCACAGAGUGAGUUUAGAGCCUCAAGAAGCAAGUUAAUGACUGAAAAUUUAAGUGGUGUGUGUGUGUGUGUGUGUGUGUGUGUGUGUCCGAAAUGUUCCUGGCAUCGGCGGCCAAGAGAGAGGCAGUCAACGCCGGGGCACUCCUCCAACUUUUUCUCCAGUUUCUCCCCUGAGGAAACAGGGUACAAAGUUCGCUCCGGUCCGCGGCUGCCUUCAAGCGUCUCCGCCGGCAUCCCGCGCUCAGCAUCCCUGGCUUGAUCAGCAUCUCGCGCCCAGCAUCCCAGCACCAUGUCUCCAAAGAGGGUCCGGACGCCCGCGGCCGUUUUCGUGCUGUCUCUGCUGCUGAGCCUCGGCUCGGAGGCUUUCCGCGUCAGCAAGCGCCCGGUGCGGACCCGGAGCUGCGCGGACCGUCCCGAGGAGCUUCUGGAACAACUGUACGGACGCCUGGCCGCGGGCAUGCUCAGCGCCUUCCACCACACCCUGCAGCUGGAACCGCUGGACAAGGAGCGCAACGUGAGCUGCCCGGCAGGGGGCAGGCUGGCCCAGGACAAGAGGUACCGACUCCCCAUCAACCUGCACAGCGUCUCCCCGUGGGCCUACAGAAUCUCCUAUGAUCCCACAAGGUAUCCAAAAUACAUGCCUGAAGCAUAUUGUUUGUGCAAGGGCUGUCUGACAGGACUAUACGGAGAGGAAAACUUUAAUUUCCGCAGCACCCCAGUAUAUAUGCCCACAGUCAUUCUGCGCCGCACUUCGGCCUGUGCUGGGGGGCGCUAUGUCUACACAGAAGAUUAUGUGACCAUUCCAGUUGGGUGCACUUGUGUUCCAGAGCAAGAGAAGGAGUCAGAAAGCCUGAACUCCAGCAUUGACAAGCAGGGAAUUAAGCUAUUGAUGAACCCAAAUGACAAACCCACAACAAACUGAACUAGAGGAAAACUCAUCAGCUUCCCUCUUCACUUUUUUGUCUUUGCACAGAAUCAGAAAAUUAAAAGCAAAUGAAAAUCCUGUUCCUUCUGAAAGGCUUCCAUUGCAUAAUACAGCUGGAAGGAUUUCACCAGGUCAUGAGGAAAGGAAGUUGAGUCAUGAAGGAAGGGUCUUCUUUUUAAUAUAGAGUAGUCUACAAUUAAUGUCAAUGUUGUGACUAUUCUCUUUUCUGAACAAAAGUUAGCAUUGUUUUUGUAUCUUGAUUUGAAAUGCAUUAGAUAAUUGGAAUAAAUCUAUAAAUCAUAUUCAUCUGCUAUGUCCAACUGCAUAAACGGGCAUAGAAUAAGGAGUGCCCCUGGGAUUUAAUUUCUCACAAUACUUGGGGCCAAGAGAGCAUAGCUUUUAGAAAGAAAUUCUCUGGGACUGCAUUUACCAGAAGGCUGUCCUUUGACCACAGAAUGUGGUGACAACACCAAUCAAAAAAUCUCCUUUUUGAAGCAUUCUUCUCAAAAUAGGAAGUUAAAAAAAACCUGCCAGAAAUUUGGGGCAAUGAUUAUAAUGGGAAAAUGUAAGAUAUUAAGCUUCAUAGCCAGGAGAGUGAAGAAACCACUGGGAGCUUAGCAAGUUCAGGUUGGUGAUUUCUCUGAGCAAUGAAUAGAACACCCAAAUUUGGAGAUGGACUAGCAUAAAGGCUGCCAGAACUGGAAAGGAGCAGGAGCAGGGAUGGAAAAGAUUGCAGGCAAAAGACAGAUAACAUUGGAGCCAGGGCCCUCAGGCCCAUCCUAGCUGCCUUUUCAAGAAGUUACUUAUCUUCUUCCUGGUCACUGAGGCAUACUGACAGGAGUCAAAGACCCAUUGAUAAUUCACCCUGAGGGUCACUUUUUUCAGUAGGUACCUCAAAAGCUUUUUUCAGGUUUCUAUCCAUCUUCUCCUCCUAAAAGAUGUUUGAGAUUGCAUUCUGUGUAUGGAUAUAGAGAAUAUAUAUGUAUAUUUUUACUUUAUUCCCGUCCUUGUUAUUUACAUUGUUUCAUGUCCUCAUUAAAUGCUUUUGCCAUUGGAUUUGUAUUUUAUAUGGUUUGGAAAUAGAAAUAAAAGUGUUUUGGAUAUAUGCUCAGACCAUGAGUUGCAAAAUGAAGUUGCCCUAAAAGUGUUAGCUAUAAGGAGAAAGACCCUAACUAACUCCUAAGGGUGCUAAAUUCCUUUUAAGAUUUACCCAGUCCCCCAUGGGGGAAGGGAAUGGGAAAAAAGAUACUACAAGGUGAAACACCACGGAGGGCUAACUCAAAAGAGAUUCAGCCAAGAUGGCAUAAGCCAUGGGCAGAUUUAUAGGGGAAAUUUAACCUUAAGGGUUUGACAUCUUUUCUGGGCUUUCUGAUUGGAUAUAGUAAAGUGGAAUUAUCUAAGACCUCCACAGAGGUGGCACUGUAAAUUGAGCUGAUCCCAUCAGUGCCCUUCCCUGCUUGCCUCAGGGAGUAAUCUAAUAUUUCAAGCUUUCUCUACCAACUCCACCUAAUUACCCAGGACCUGUGGUAACUAUGAAAGCAAG